AACGACCACCACGCCCGCGGACCAUGUCUUCGGACUACGACUUCCGCCCUGGCGGCUCCCUCAAGCUCAAAGGAGGGGUCACCGAUGGUGGGAUUGUGAAGAAGAAGAAGAAAUCCAAGUCAAAGGACAAGGACAAGGAGAGAGCCAUCUCUCCUGGCGAGGAUCGGUUGAAGGCACUGGAGCGUGCUAUCAAAGAGGACGAUGUCAAUGCGGGCACUCCCUCCGGGAGUGGCCGCAACUCCCCUGCGAUCGUGGGCACUAGUGACCGGAAGACCGCCGCUGAGAAGAGAUUCGAGGAGGUGCAGAAGAAGAGGCUUGCGGAGAAGGUCGCGAGGUUGGCGAACAAGACCCACAAGGACCGCGUCAACGAGUUCAAUUCCAAGCUCGAGGCCCUCAGCGAGCACCACGACAUCCCCAAAGUCGGACCAGGAUAAGACGCGUCGAAUCAUGUACAAUUCUCCUCUUGUAUUUCUGUGUCGCCGUGGAAAUACAUCGCUUGCUUGCUA